UUCCUCCGUACUUCUCUACUCCAAAAAACACACACUCUCUCUCUACUCUUCUAUCACUUUUCUACUUUUCCCACUUUUUACUUUUCCUGUUUACCAAACACACUUAAUACCCUCUCUUCUUCUAGAAAAGCUCUCUGCUAGUUCUGCUCUCUCUGUUGGUGUUGCUUUGCUUCGUUAUUUCUCUCUCUCAUUCAUUCUCUCUAUGCCAUUUCUGUGCAAGCUGGGAUCGGAAGUGAGUACUGACACGCACAUUGUUGAUGCUAAUCAUGUCUCUGCUUUCUCUCUUCAUCGCUUUAUAGUUUGUUUAUUCAGGUUUCUUUUGCAUUGAAGCCCUCAUGCACAGUAAAUAACACCGGGGGCUUCUUCACUUUCUGAGUUGAGAGACCCUUCAGAUUUACUGCUCCAUUGACUUUUAACUUGGAGAUUCCUCAUAUAAAGUCCCUAUACUAUCCUAUCUGGACUUGGCAAUAUAAUGGACAACAAGGCAUGGCUUUGGAAGAAGAAAUCUUCAGAGAAGACUGUUCUUUCAACCGACAAAAUAAACACCUCUUUAAAAGGAAAUGAAGAAGAGAUACAGACACUUCUGACUGAGAAAGCCAAAUUGGAGAAAGACCUUAGAAUUUUAAAUGAUAAGCUUUCUUCAGCCCUCUCUGAGUGUGACGCUAAAGAUGAACUUGUGAAGGACCAUGCAAAGAUGGCGCAGGAAGCAAUUGCAGGCUGGGAGAAGGCAGAAGCAGAAGUGGUGUCUCUAAAGCAAGAAUUAGAUGGAGCUUUACUGCAGAGGGUAGUUGGUGAAGAAAGAUUAGCUCAUCUGGAUGCAGCACUCAAGGAAUGUAUGCAACAGCUACGUUUUGUUCGAGAAGAGCAGGAGAAAAGAAUUCAUGAUGCUGUUAUGAUGACAUCAAAGGAAUUUGAAAAAACCCAGGCAGUUUUAGAGGAGAAGUUAGCAGAGACAAGUAAAAGGCUUGCCAAAACAGGUGUCGAAAAUUCUCAGCUUAGCAAGGCCCUCCUGGUGAAGGAAAAGUUGAUCGAAGAUGUUAAUAGACAGUUGACUCAGUUGGAGGCAGAUUUUAGUGCACUAAUGACUAGAUUAGAAUCCACAGAGAAAGAUAAUGCUUCUUUGAAGUAUGAGGUUCGAGUACUUGAGAAGGAGCUUGAAAUCCGAAACGAGGAGAGAGAAUUUAAUCGUCGAACAGCUGAUGCAUCUCACAAGCAACACCUAGAGAGUGUGAAGAAAAUUGCAAAGUUAGAAUCAGAGUGUCAGAGGUUGCGUCUCCUAGUCAGGAAGCGUUUGCCAGGUCCUGCUGCUUUAGCGAAAAUGAAAAAUGAAGUUGAAAUGCUGGGAAAGGAUUCAGUUGAAAUGAGGAGGAGAAAGUUGAAUACAACUGGUUUCAUGGUUGACUCUGCGAUUGAUAACUCUCCCGAGAAUACCAAUAGAAAGAUUGGUUUUCUGACUGAGCAAUUAUGUGCUAUGGAAGAAGAAAACAAGAAUCUCAAGGAAGCCCUUCAUCAAAAUGCAAAUGAACUCCAAAUCUCAAGGAUCAUGCAUGGUCGCUCAGCGUCCAAAUUAUCUCAAGGUGAGUUGCAGCUUGAAGAAGUAUCAAAAGGUCAGACUAUUAUGGGGCCAACAAGGAGUAGUCGUAUGUCUCAUGAGCUCUCUCUGGCAUCAAUUUCUGACAUUGGCAGUGAUGAUAAGGUUAGCUGUGCUGAAUCAUGGGCUUCUGCUUUGAUUUCGGAACUGGAGCACUUUAAAAAUGGUAAACAAAAGGGGUCACCAUCAUCUAAAACUAUUGGAACUGCAGACAUUAAUCUGAUGGAUGACUUUGUUGAAAUGGAAAGAUUAGCGUUAGUGUCUGUUGAUAAACCAUUUGGAGAUUCUCAUGCUUCUCAGCCCUUGGAAACUGAGUUAAAUGAGGAUUCUUCAGAGUUAAAGGGUAGGGAGAUAGUUCCAAUUUCUGACUCUGAAUCUGGCUUCAUUGUGUCAAACCAGGAAAUCAGGUUCAAAGAUACAUUAAUUGGUAAAGUUCCUGGUUGGCUGCAAGAUAUACUGAAAGUGGUUUUGGAGCAAAACCGUGUUACACAGAGAGACCCUGAUGAAAUAGUUGAGGAUAUUAGAGCAGCUUUGGUGUAUAUAAAUUGUUCAAACCCCAGAGAUGUUGUUGAUGCAAGGGAAAGUUCAAACAAUCCUGAUGCAUCUAAUCCCCCACAUGUAAAUGGCUACAUCUCAUGGAAGCCAUCAAAAAAACAUUCUGGGAUGGAUUCUCCUGGUGGUGUAUCUCAUGUUGACGUCUCAUUGACAGAAAAGAGCAACCAGCAGUUGCACUCGGAUCUGGGUAAGUCGAUAGGCAAACUAAUUGAGCUUAUUGAAGGGAUCAGUUUGCCGUCUCUGGAUUAUGAUAACCCUGAGACCUUGUCCAGAAAGGAUGGGAACAUUUUCACCAACAAAAAUUUAGAUACACCUACAGGGUACAUGGCGCGGGUUUUCCAGUGGAAAACUUCUGAACUCAGUGCUGUUUUACAGCAAUUUAUUCAUAGUUGUUAUGAUCUGUUGAAUGGAAAGGCUAACAUAGACAAAUUUGCCCAAGAAGUAACUACUGCUUUAGACUGGAUUAUGAAUCAUUGCUUUUCCCUACAAGAUGUUUCAAGCAUGAGGGAUGAGAUUAAAAAGCAUUGUGAUUGGGAUGAAUCACGAAGUGAAAGUGAAGCAGAAGCUGGAAUUAUUGGUCAUUUUUUUGAAGCUGAUAAACUACGUGUUCCCAGAGAACAAUUAUCAUAUUUGCCUAUGCUUGCUGCUUCUAACAGUCAUCAUAUUCAUAUGGAAGAGCUUGAAUAUAAUGUGAGGGAAGAAAAUAGGAAACUGAGAGAUGAAGUUAUGAAUUUGGAAUCUGCAAAGAAAGACUUGGAAGGGAGGCUUCGGUCUGCUACUGAAAAGAGUGAAUCCCUGAUGAAUAAACUUCUUGAAUCAGAAAAAACCAUUGGAAGCUUGCAAACAGAGUUGGAAACUCUAAAAGAAUCGAAAGGAAGGAUUGAGGGUCACAUUGAAGGCCAAAAGUUGAUGAAUGAAGAUCUAGAUAGACAACUUGCAGCAGCCAGAGUGGAAUUAAAUGAGGCUUGGCAUAAGCUUUCAUCACUGGAGGUGGAGCUGGAUAAUAAAAAUAGCUGUUGUGAAGAAUUGGAGGCCACAUGUCUUGAACUGCAGCUCCAGCUUGAAAGCAUUACAAAGAAGAAAAGCCCGAAGCAUGACCUCAAUCAGGAAGAAAAGCAACUUCGGACUGUAAGUUCAUACAGUGUUACUGAUACUAAGGAUUGGGAGAUCACAACUGCUUCAGAAAAGUUGGCAGAGUGCCAGGAGACUAUCCUAAACCUGGGCAAGCAAUUGAAGGCAUUAGCCACACCAAGGGAAGCAGCCCUUUUUGACAAGGUCAUAGCUAACCCCACUGACACAAUUAUCACUACCACCACCACAGCCCCAACCCCACCCAAGGACAGGAGCAUGAACCAGCACUCCUCUCUACUCGAUCAGAUGCUAGCAGAGGAUGAUGCUGCAGCUAAAGUUCUUAUAUCUCCAAAGAUCAAAGAAAUUAAUGGCAAUUCCACUAUAAAAGACAUUGGGUCAUUCCAGCCUCUUGAAAAAAUUCUUGUUAUAAAUGGUGUUAAACACGAGGAUGACAACGCUACAGGCAGUUCUUUGGCAAUUGUGCCUAGCAAGAAUCGAGGAGGCGCGAAUUUGUGGAGAAAGCUGUUGUGGAGAAAGAGAAAAGGUAACAGUAAGAAAACAUCUCUUCCGUUUGCCCCCUGACAACAUCACCGUACUGAUAAAGUGAUGGCAAGCUUGGUGAUCAGGGUUCAAUUUUUAUUAUUAUUAGUAUCAUAGUUGUUCGAUUUGUUGUAAAGGAAUUGGGAAAUAAUAAGUCUUGACUUUUAUUAAUCAUAUGAGAAAGAGAGCGCGAGUGAGAGUUUUGCAUGUUGUGUGUAUUAAUGUCGUAUAUAAAACUGAUGCCAGGACAUUAUAAGGUUUACUGCAUAGUGAAGAUGUUCCUAAAGGUGAUAAAAUUUACUUGAGCCAAGUUUAAUAUCAGAGGAUCCUUUUGUUU